GUAGUCACUCGCCAGCUGUGAUGGCGCUAACAUCAGUGUUGUAUAUCGCUUUUACAUUCCAGGCUGUCAGCAUGGCCGCAGGUCAACACAACGCCAGUCUGCAAGAGUUUGACUGGAAGGCGAGCGGAGUUGUGCAAGAGGCGCGGGUUCAGCUGGUGAUACUGACCAAUCAGCUGUUGACCAAUGCUACCAUCUUGACACAGAUUGCUGAGGGAAAUGCGAGUCUGUUGUUGGCGAACCUGUACAACGACAUCAACAAAGGAAUUGCUGACGCUCAGGUCAAAGCUAGUCAGAUCGGAACGACUUUCCAAACCAACCUGAGCAAGCAAGUAGAGGAGGCCAUGAGACAGGCUGGUGUGAUCUACACCCGCGUCGAGUCUUCGUUGAGAAAAUCCAACAACAACAUAGAGGAGACAGUCAAGCGACUGAUCAACAACAUGGAGCAACAACUGGCCAAGGUGGUCGCCACGGCUAGGUCUGAGCUGACGGGGGGCUCAACCACCACCCAGGGACCAUGA